AUGGAGUCCGCCUGUCGGUGCAACGGCUUUGAAUCUGCUGGAGCCCGUCGUUCCAUCGAAUGGAGUGGAGAAGAUUUGGAGACGGGCAUGUUGGUGCGAGGCGUUGGAUGGGCAUAUCGCAGAAAGUACGUGGUUGUUACUGGAGGGCCUCCAGUUCUGAGUUGGGGCAAUAGGAGGGAGGGGUUGGGACUUGUGGUGACUGGGAAUAGCUCUGUAGACGCGAUAUGCGGGAGAGACAGGGGAGGCGCAGCGGCAAGGCGUGGCACAGGCAAUGCGCGUCUGAGCACCUCGACUGCAUAUACGUUUGUGCCUCUCUUUAGAAUGCGUCUGCAUUCCCCGCCUCUUCACUCAGAAGACUGA